AUGUUGAGAUUCAUAAGUGUGGAUAUACCGUCUGGGGACGUUGAGUUUGCGGUGGGUUUGUCCGAACUGCACUCUCGCGGUGUUGAUGCUGGCACAGACGUUCAGAACAAAAUUGUCUCGCCGAAACGGCGUCUGCACUUGGUGUCGUUCCAGAUUUGCGUCGGUACUUUAAAACAGGCGGUGGAUGUGGACGGUGUGCCCGUGUCGUUGUUUCUUGACGCGGGUCGCACGCUACAAGUGUUUAUUCACGAUGACUUGUUUUGUAAAAUUGAUCUGGACAAUGAGCUGGUAGGAGAUGAUGUGGCGAUGUACCUGCUGGAACUGGCCACUUGGCACUCUUUACAGAAUAAAUUGAGAGCACAGUUGACCCGAGAGGAACCUCCACGCAAGAGAGUGAGACUCGAUGACUCCACUACGAAAGAACAACAGAGACAACUCCGACAGUUGCAAAGGAAAUGUAAAGAUUUGGAAUUGACAAAUAUACGGCUGCAAUACCAGGGAACCGCACAGGGUACGUUCAUUAUAUCGUUUGACGUUUCCCUCAUUUUCAAGGAAAACCAAUGCAAUAAGUUUUCCGUGGAGACAAACAGGUUUUUGGAUCUUUUGAGCUCGACGCACACGCACUACCUCCUGGAAAGUCACGAGGCAAAUUCCAACUUUAUACAAAGACUUUUUUUGGAACAGACAGUGAAACAUACAAAUGACAUUCUAAGGGAUAAGCUCUUACCGGGGGAUACAGUGACAAACUUGAAUCUAAAGCUACUGACAUUCCAGAGGAGGAGUGUCCAAUGGCUGCUCGACAAGGAACGCUCAGCAUAUAAGAUAGAUAAACCGGGGCAGGACAGUAUUGACAAAGACACAAUACUGACUUUUCUUAAUGAUAGAAUUUGCUAUGGGUAUGAGUUGCUGGACUCGUCAGUCGAAGAAAAUGCCAUGUAUUGGAACAGAUUCACAAAUUUCUGCUUACCUUACAAAUAUGCACUGGGUGUAUUUGAAGAUUUCCAUGAGAGGGGGACUCUUCGAGUCGGUGCGAAGGGGUUGCUAUCAGAGGAGAUGGGUCUGGGCAAGACAAUCGAAGUUUUGGCAUUGGUUUUGUUAAACCGUCGCCACUUGAAGAACCAAACGGGUAAAACUUAUCAAAACAGAGAAAGAAAAGUAAUUCACCAGACUAAGACAACUUUACUCAUCUGUCCAAACGCGCUUCUCAAACAAUGGGUCAACGAGAUCGAAACACAUACAACACAGGGAUCGCUUUCCGUGUUCCAUUACCUUGGGUAUAACGACGUUAUUGAAAGAUUUGGUACCUCGAAUAUCACAGAGAUAAUCGUUAAGUUAUCCCAGUACGAUAUCAUCAUCACAACAUACAACGUUAUCAACUUAGAACUUCACUACGCUCAGUACAACGCAAAUAUAAGGUCGAGAAGAAACCAGUACACUACUCCCAAGUACGAUUACUCCUCCCCGCUGUCAUUGAUGGAAUUUUGGAGAAUUGUACUGGACGAGGUCCAAAUGCUGAAAAGUGACAACACACAGAUUGCCAAGUGUACCAGUCUAUUGAGUAGGAUCCAUACAUGGGGGGUCUCUGGUACCCCUGUGCAAACGGUGCGUGACAUACAAACCAUCUUUUCGUACUUGAAAAUUCAGCCGUUUGCGGAACUGAACGACAUUAUUAUGAAAUUGGAUAUGAGUUUGAGGAAAAGAAGUCCAUCUUCAGAGAUAUUACGUAACGGCGUUCGAUUCUCAUUGCAGAAACUCAUGUCAAUUUUUUUAAAAUAUGACAUCUGCAUCAGACAUACUAAAAAUGACGUCGCUCAUCAAAUCCACCUACCAAAGCAAACCAACUACAUCAUCCCUCUUGAAUUUAACCCCAUUGAAUGGGAUAAUUACUUGAAUUUAUGGAACGAUUUCAUUGCUGAUUCCCAUUUUGGUCCCAAUGGGGAAAACGAAACCAAUUUGUCAUCCAUACAGCUAAAUCAAUGGUUGGUAAGGUUGCGCUACCUGUGUUGCCAUGCGAUUAUUCCCGAAAAUAUCGCUGAUAUGUUUGCAUCCAAACAUGGCAAGUCAUUGAGAAAGAACCGCAAACUGAACGAUAUGUCAAAAGAAGAUGAGCAGAAAUCUGCCGUUAAAAACAUUGACGAUGUUUUAAAAUUGAUGCAAGUAGAUGCUAUGGAUACCUUGAACUCGUUGUACAGGGAGAAUGUCCAGCUACAGAUUAAAUCUGCACAAGUCACAAUGGAACUAGACCACGAUCCUGAAGCGGGGAUAGCUUUGCUGUGUAAAGUGAUCACCGGGAUAAUGAGAGAUUUGGAGAAUAAGUUCCAAAUAGCUGAUGUGUUUUCGUUGGAUAAUGAGAAAUCCAGUAAUGUUAAAGUGCGGCCAUAUUUUGACUUGUUACACCAGAGUUAUUUUUUUAUCGGGACUGGGUACUAUUUCUUAGGUUCUAAGAAGCUGGAAUUGGUCGACGAGGAAAAUGAAAAGAUCAAACUUUUGGAAAAUGGCUCGCCAUUAAAGGAGUACGCAGAGGUUUACACACCAAUGGAAAUGGCACAGAUUGAGAAAAACCAACAAGCGGAAAAAAAGAAUUAUGAUAUUGCUGAGAAGUUGAGAAAGAAAAUGCUGUUGGAAAGGUCAGAGGUAGUCACGGAAACUACUAAUGAAACCAGAGAGCUUUUUGAUAAGGAUGAAUCUGGGAAAUACUCCACAACCCUCGACAUUAUUGAGUUUGACGGAGCAAAUGACUGGUCUGCAAACCACUUAGUAGCUACUGUGUUUAAAGCGUUGAGGCACAUGAUUCAAUUGUUGAAUAAGCAGGCUGAGCAGUUCAAUGAGCUUACCAGCAACCUCUCGGAACUUCUUUACAAGCCAAUUACGGGGGAAUAUGAUGAAGAAAAUGAAGAUGCCAAAGCAGAAGAGUAUUCCAACUCUUUAGAUGACCAGGACAAAAUCUUUGCCAUCUUUCACUGUUUAGAAGAGCUCUUGAAAAAUCGUGCCUUUGCCAUUCAAUCUGAAGACGAAAAAAUAAAAAUCAAUGCCAAAAAUGCCAUAGUGGUGGAUCCAACAUAUUCUCCAUAUCAUCAAGAUUUGAUCAAAAGUUUGAUUUUGGUGGAUAACGGGACUUCACUGAAAUCCAUUUUCUAUGAUUUGCGCAAUUCCAAGAUUGUCGUUUCGUCUUCGAAAAACAACACCAAGGAUUUAACGGAAAGUUUUGAGGACUAUUUAUUGGGUUAUUCCGAAGAGAUUCCCAGGAUGAUGCGGGAGAUGACAAGUGUCAAAGAGAGCUUGAAGCGAUUCAACCACAUUUAUAAUGCCAAAGUGGAAUAUUUUGGACAAUUGCAAAGGAUUUCCGAUUCGUUGGUAUCCCUGCUUCAAUUAGAACCCACAAAACUAAACUCCGUCUUGAGGUCCUUAAAAAGCAAUAAACGUUACGAUCACAAUUUGAAGAGGAUCAACCAGAUCGAAUCGAGAAUAAAAUAUUUGACGAAUUUAUCGAAUUUGAACAAGGCGAUUGAAAGUGAGAAAGUAUUUAAUUGCUCUAUUUGUUUGGGGAUUAUUCAUCAUGGAUCGAUCAUGAAAUGUGGCCAUUUCUUUUGCAGGGAUUGUAUCCAUAGCUGGCUGAAAAAUCAGAGAACUUGUCCGAUCUGUAAAAGAGAGGCGACCUCUACCGAGUUAUACAACUUCAAAUUUAAAAACCACGAUAACAUUGACGUACCUGGCCCAAAUAUAAAUUCGAAAGCUGCAACUGUGAUUACUCCUCCGUCCUCCACCGAGGAAAAGGAGUCUGCACGAGGGAAGAUCGCAGGGACAGACACUCGCGAAGAUCAGGAUCUUUUGUUUGCUGACAGAUACGUGCGAUUCCCGCAAAUGGAGGAUGUGUCCAGAAUCAACAUAAAGGAGAGUUUUGGUGCUAAGCUAGACUUCAUGGUUAAGUUGAUUCUUUUUUUGAAAUUGCAAAGCGAGACAAGCGAUAAAGCCCCGCCUCAGAUUCUGAUCUACUCGCAAAACUUUGAAUUCUUGAAAAUCAUCAGCAAGAUCUUGCAUUUGAACCACAUAAGUUAUCUUUCGUGUCUCGCCAAUUCCAAGUCUAUCAGCGCGACCAUUGACAAGUUUAAAACAAAUAACAAGAUAACUUGUUUGCUACUCAAUGUAAGAGCGUUGGGUGCUGGUUUGAACCUGCUCAAUGCCAAAUACAUCUUUCUACUAGACCCAAUUAUUAGCCAUAACGAGGAACUGCAGGCAAUGAGCAGAAACAAUAGAAUAGGGCAGGACUCAGAAACUUACGUCAUGAACUUCAUGAUUAGAGAUUCUGUAGAGGAGAGCAUAUUCAAGUACAAGUGUGUUUUAGACGAAACAAGGAAGCAGAGGGCGAGGAAUGAUGUUUCUGAUGCUGAUGAAGACGAAGACGGGGACUCGUUCGAGAUCAGCGAAAAUGCCACCGAAGUAGUCUCCGAGAAGCAUCUGUGGCGUUGUUUCUUUCAAAAGUAA